GACACCGCGUCUAGUGGCAGUCUGUGUGGAGAAAGUAUUGAAGGUGGAUGGCGCGGAUGGUGUUGGAUUGUUGGGGGGUGAUUUAUGGAGUAGCCCGGUGAGAACCAUUUACUCGAUUCGUCGGAAGGCUAGAGGACAGUGAUACCAGGAAACUGACAGGUAACAUGCCAGUAGAGGUGACUCCCCUGCAGAUGAGGGAACAUGUUGGCUAUGGACCAAGGAGUGGUGGAGGAAUGGCUAUCAGAAUUUAAGACCCUCCCUGAUAGUGCCAUCUCUACCUAUGCUGCCUCGCUAAGAGACAAAGGUGUCCUGGUUCCUGCACUCUACAAAGUCAUCCGAGAGAACUACAGCGACCUACUGGAGCCGGUGUGUCACCAGUUAUUUGAGUUUUACCGAAGCGGUGUGCCGCAGCUGCAGCGUUUCACGCUACAGUUCCUGCCAGAGCUCCUGUGGAGCCUCCUGUCCGUCAGCGCUGCCAGAGAUCCCCACACCUCCGGCUGCAUCGAAGCGCUGCUGCUUGGCAUUUACAACCUGGAAAUAGUUGAUAAAGAUGGACAAAGUAAGAUAUUGUCUUUCACCGUCCCUUCCCUCUCCAAACCCUCAGUCUACCAUGAGCCGUCGGCCAUUGGCUCCAUUGCUCUCACGGAAGGAGCUUUAGCCAAUCAUGGGCUGAGCAGGGUGGUGUACAGCGGGCCACACCUCCAGAGAGAAACCUUUACAGCCCAGAAUAGAUUUGAGGUGCUGACUUUCCUGCUGCUGUGUUACAACGCUGCUCUCAGCUACAUGACGUCCACCUCUCUGCAGUCCCUGUGUCAGCUCAGCUCCAGGGUGUGUAUAUGUGGUUACCCACGGCAACAGAUGCGGCGCUACAAAGGCAUUAGUACACGACUGACUGUCACGUCAGAGUUCCUGGUUCAGCUCAUCACAGGGAUUCACUACGCCUUAUGUAAUGGUGAAGUGGAGCUGGGAUCUAAAGCACUGGAUGAUGUCCUGUAUCGAGCCCAGUUAGAGCUGUUCCCUGAAGCUCUGUUGGUGGGUAACGCCAUCAAGUCAUCGCUGCAUGGUGCAGCACUGAAGAGCAACAACAAGGAGGGUGCACGAAGUAUCCAGGUGGAAAUCACGCCCACCUCUUCCAGGAUCUCCCGCAAUGCUGUCACCUCCCUGUCUAUACGGGGACACCGCUGGAAGAGACACGAUGCAGUGGAUCUGGGUUCCCCGGAUGAGCUGAUGGAUAUUUCAGAAGUGGAUGAAGGGGUUUUCCCAGGUGGGGUGGGGCCUGAAACGACUCCACCCACUAUCACCAUCAGCAACAGCAUUACGACGUUGAACCUUGGAGCGAAGGCUAUGAAGAAGUGUCGGCUCGGCGGGCGCAGCAGCAAGGACAAGGAGGCGGGGCCCCUUACAACCGGCCGGGCCGCAAGCGAGAGCACAGAACUGUCCUUGAAGCGACUAACGCUCACUUCCAGCCAGUCGGUGCCCAAAGCUGGAGCUCUCACCAACCUCACACGCACUGCCAGCGCCGUCUUCUCUCGCUCCUUUGAGCAGGUGCCGAGCGGCAACGCUCCACCUCCUAGCAACCACACAGCCGCUGAGGCGGGUCGUUAUUCCUGCAGCCUGCAGGAGGACGGGAUGGGGUACUUGAGUCCAGCACCAAACCAUACCCAGCGCUCCCCCAGCAUUAGUGUGCAUUUUGGCUCUGACCACUGAACCCUUUAACUCCUGACGGUAUGGACCCUCGUCUGUGAUUUUGUGACCCUGUACCUGUGACCUGGAACUCCAAGCCAUGCCAACGACAGUGGACCACAAACACGUGAUGAAGCGCUGUUUUUACCCCCACUCCAUUUCAGACAUCUUUGAUUCUCUGUGCUGUAAACCCAUUCAUUCAAGUGUCUGAGCAGCUCGGCGCCCCCUGCUGCAGCUUCCUCUCAGCCUGGUGGAGGAGUGGCAUCAGGGAUUGCUCGUCCAGCUUUACUGAUUUUUUUUUUCGGAGAAGGUGAAGACAGAACUGUGCUCUAUCGCAGAGCAGCCUGAAUGAAUGCACUUAUAAAAAUAUCACUAAACUGGGAAAAGCAUUUGGAAAUUUAACUGGCAUUUGUUGCCCUGCAUGGCUUUUCCAUUUAUCCAUCCUUACCUUGCCCAGGUGUGUCUGAGGGCAGGUGCACUGUGUGUGAGAAGUACAGAUAUUUUUUUUUUUUUUAGAAAAAAGCUGCUGAUUGAUGCAAUGAACAAGGAGUGAUCUCUCCUAGUUGAAAUAAGGGUUUCUACUACUUUUUUUUUAUUCAUGUAUUCCUUCCCACAGCAAUAAAUUCUAUCAUUGUUGGUAUUUUCGAUUGUUCAGACUGAUUUUUGCCAAUCUUCCCUCUGUCCUCACCACCAGAUCUAUAAAUGUGCUCCUUGCAGUCUAAAUUCUUCCCGAAAAUCAGUCACAGAAUAAUCAAUGAGUAUGAAAAGAACAAGGUCUAUGUUUACAAUCACACAGUAUUUUAGUCAUGACGGAGAAGCAAUAUUUUCCUUCCCCUUGUUCCUCAAGCACCUUCCUUUUUAAUUGCAGUGGAUUUGCUGGCAAACAUUUUAAAUCAAGCUUCUUGCAAUUGAUUGUUGGUUUACCUUUUUCUGAGGAUGAUGGAUAUGUUUGACUAAAGUAUUGAAUUUUGCACGUGGACGAAGAAAUGAAUUCUGUUUUCACCUGGUAUUUUCUUAUGAACUCAAAGUGCUUGAUGCUGAAAUUGUUGUAUUUUUCUGAGAGAAGUAUGUUUUGUUGCUCCACAAAGAUUCCCUCUCGCCUUUUGUACGAUGCUAUUAAAAUGUGGAACUAUCUGAAUCCACACACUCUUAUUCAAGCUUGCUUACGUGCACAAAAUAAGUAAUUUGAUACCACUGAGUAUUAACUCAAUGACCGAAACUGUAACUGAAUCUUUUUCUCUUUCAACAGUGAGAGUAUCUUUAGAGCAACAAGGCAUUUUUCUUGUCUUCUAAUCCACCCACCUUUCCAUAUGUCUGUAGUAUUUAAGUGAUGUGCUUCCCACUUACUCUUUAUCGAUUACAUCGUCACCCAAGACUUGGCAAUUGCAAAUAAAGAAGUAAAACUUAAAACCAUCUGCUACAAUUGAUGUCCUAAAUUCACCGGUUCAUGCUGCUCCACCUUGUGGAAAACUUGUAUUCUCUUGUCUGUGUACUGUAGCUGAGUGUUUGUAGCUUGGUGGGAUGAUUUACCACUCGCGUUUCUUCGUAUGUGGGUUUACAGUGACUGGGUAAGCUAUUGUUGUACAUCAUACUGUUAUACUAAAGUUGAUUAUAUUGGCCUUUUUAUGUCUGAAAAUAACUCUCACUGCUACAUCUGGGAAUAAAGUGUUUCUAUAUUUGA